GAGGGACAGCCGUACUGACAGGUUUCAGAAGAGUUGGGAUUUUUUGACCACUGUGCCUGAACCUAUCUGCUUAAGUGCAUGAGGAAAUGAGGAGGCGGACAGGUGGGUGUAGAUCCUCAAAGACCAAUCACAGCUGCUUAUCAGGCCAGUACUUAUUUGAAAGCUGUCAGACCUGGUGUUGAUUUCUAACCUCUCUCUUCUCUAUACUGAGACCCAAUUGAAAUCCCAGAAUGACAAGCUACACAGACAAAGGAGAAAAGCCCACCAAGGGGAAAUUUCUCAGGUUUCAUCAUGUCACCUUCUGGGUUGGCAACGCUAAGCAAGCUGCUUUAUUCUAUUGCGAUAAGAUGGGCUUUGAGGCUUUGGCCUACAAAGGUUUGGAGACUGGCAGUCGAGAGGUGGUGUCUCAUGCCAUCAGACAGGAUAAGAUAGUCUUUGUGUUUCAAUCUCCGCUAAAUCCUGGAAAUGAAGAGAUGGGGGAACACCUGAUUAAACAUGGAGACGGGGUCAAAGAUAUUGCUUUCCAAGUGGAGGACUGUGACUUCUUAACCAAGACAGCCAAGGAGCGAGGAGCUGUGAUCGUGAAGGAGCCCUGGGUGGAGCAGGACGGCCACGGGAGGGUCAAGUACGCCGUGAUUCAGACGUAUGGAGAUACAACACACACACUCAUCGAGUACCUUGGACCGUAUAAAGGCCUUUUCCUGCCCAGCUACAAAGAGCCUAUGUUCAGGGAUCCUCUGUUAGACAAACUUCCAGCAGUGGGGUUGAACUUCAUCGAUCACAUUGUGGGAAACCAGCCAGAUGAUGAAAUGGUGCCAGUUUCAGAAUGGUAUCAGAAGUGUCUGCUGUUCCACCGCUUCUGGUCAAUAGACGACAAGCAGAUCCACACACAGUACAGUGCACUCAGGUCUAUUGUGAUGACAAACUAUGAGGAAACCAUAAAGAUGCCGAUUAAUGAACCUGCCAUGGGGAAAAAGAAGUCACAAAUCCAGGAAUAUGUGGACUAUAACGGGGGACCGGGCGUGCAGCACAUCGCUCUCAACACGUCAAACAUCAUCCAGGCAAUUGUGAACCUGCGUGAAAGAGGGAUGGAGUUCCUCGCAGCGCCCGACAGCUACUACGAAAGCCUGCGUGAGAAACUAAAAACGGCCAAAAUAAAGGUGAAGGAGGACCUCAACCGUUUACAGGAACUGAAAAUCCUGGUGGACUUUGAUGACAAAGGAUACCUCCUCCAAAUCUUCACCAAGCCCAUGCAGGACAGACCAACCCUUUUUCUGGAGGUCAUACAGAGGAAUAACCACUUUGGCUUUGGGGCAGGAAACUUCAAGUCUCUCUUUGAGGCCAUUGAAUCAGACCAAGAUGCCAGGGGCAACCUCACUGUGCUGACUUCCAAGGGACAGGCCAAAACCUUUCGCUGAUCCACUGCCUACUGCUGCCUAACCCCAAUGAGACUCCAUAGGUCUAUAUCUAAACACCAACUACAACUACAUCAUCUAAAGAAGAUACACGAUUCCUAAAUGUUCUAAACUGACUUUGGGUAACAUCCGUUCUGCAUGUUAUGUCCGUACUAAUGAAUAAAAACAAAACACAAACAAUCUAUGACAAGAAAUUGCAAUGAUUGUGUAUCCCACACUGGAUAUAACACUGAUAUUUACUAAACUAGGCUAAGCUAAAAUGAAAUAAACUAAGGCAAACUAAGCUAAGCUAAAGAUAAAUUAACCUCCAGGUAAAAAUAAUGUCAGUCUCUUCAUUUAAUCGUCUUCCACUCAACCAAAGAACCAUGUUUCCCCUAAAUGUCAAACUUCUACUUUAUCAGAUUUUAUUAUAUACACUUUGUUAUAAAAAUGAUCUUAAUAUCUGUUCCAUGCCAUUCAAAUAAAAAAAAAAAAGUUGUGACAUUGAAUAAAAUGUAAAAAAAAAAAAAAA